AUGUCGGAGAGUCAUGUGUUUGACAUUACCAAGUGUGCACGGCCGAAUAUUCUAGCUUUGAAGCCAUACACUACCCCGAGAGAAGACUGCAUCAAUGACGAUGGUGUGACUUUUCUCGAUGCCAAUGAGAAUGCAUUUGGACCAUGCAUUCUCGUUGGUGACGCUGCCUCGCCUGCUGAUCAUGGUGUAACUAUUCAGCGUGCUCUGGAUCCUCAGGCGCUUCAGCUUCACCGGUACCCCGACGCACAACAGAGAACAUUGAAGCAAAAGUUCUGUGAUCUUCGCAAUACUCGCCAAGAUGUAACUGCACCCUUGAUACCGGACAAUGUCUGUCUUAGUGUGGGUUCUGAUGAAUCCAUUGACUGCAUCAUCCGCGCCUUUUGCACACCAGGUAAAGACAAGAUCCUCAUUUGUCCUCCGACCUAUGGCAUGUAUCAAGUCAGUGCCGAUGUGAACGACGUUGGGGUUGUCCACGUGGAUCUCGACAGUCACAACGGUUUCGCCUUGCGUCCAGACAAAAUUAGCAAGCAACUUUCCAACGACGCAUCAAUAAAAAUUGUUUUCGUGUGCUCCCCAGCGAACCCAACUGGUAAUAUCAUUGCCCGAUCCGAUAUUCUCCAGUUGUUACAGCAUCCCACCUGGAACGGUGUCGUGGUUGUCGAUGAGGCUUAUGUCGAUUUUGCGCCAAGUGUCAGCUUUGUGGGAGAAGUCAACAAAUGGCCCAACCUGAUUGUGACGCACACGCUUAGCAAGGCAUUCGGUCUUGCUGGCGUCCGGCUCGGUAUCACUUACUCCUCGGUUCAAAUCUCUCAGCUGUUGAACAAUUUGAGAGGCCCUUAUAACAUGUCCGCCCCGACAGUCGCUCUAGCCGCUGCAGCCCUUCAGCCGGAAUCACAAGCAAAAUUAGACGAAUAUCGAUGCAAGAUGGCUGAACAGCGAGAUCGACUGAGACAAGAACUAUCCCAGAUCCCCGGUGUCGGUAGAUUUCUUGGCGGAUUCAAUACUAACUUCGUCUUGGUCGAGUUCCUUAGCAAGGCCGCUGACGAGGGCGGAGUUCCCGACAACGACAUUGCGAAGUCUGUGCUGAGGUUCCUGACGAUACGAUCAAAAGUCUUGGUUCGCUACCGUGGCGACGAGGCAGGUUGUGUUGGUAGUCUCAGGAUUUCGGUGGGCAAUGCAGAGCAAGUCACCAACCUUCUUGCACAAAUUCGGGUGGCUCUUGACGAUGCAUAUGAUCGUAAGCAGCAGCAGCAGGAAAAUUAA